AUGCCUCCUCGUCGUCCACAGCGAUCCAAGCAGCCAUCUGCUAAGGCCUUGGAGGCUUUGGUCUCCUCCCCUCCGCAGCGUGUCAGGAGAUGGAGUUUGGUUGUCGAUGGCAGCUUAGCCUGAGUAUCAGGCCUUCCUAGGGGCUAGGGGAGAGGAGAUUUUAGAUGGGGGAGGGGGAAGGGGGGAGAAGAGAAAGGAAGGCCUGACACAAAACCAUUCAGCAAAUUGUGUGACACAUCCAGAAUCUAGAUGUGGCAGCGAUUGGAUAACACACAAUCGCCGUGACGUCACCGACCGCAAGCAAACACGAGCAGAGCGUUUAAAUUUCAUGUGGUAAUUUUACGGAUAGAGACGAAGAGAGGAAUUCAAAAAGGCUCUAGAGGGCGCUCUCAAGUUCUUUCCGGAAAUAAAAAUAAAACCAGAGCAAGAAUUGUGUUUUCAAAGCCUUGUAGUUCAAAGGAAAGAUGUUCUCGGAGUAUGGAAAAGCCUCAUAUACCAGCUUCUGCCGAAACUAUGUCCGAGUAUUGGUUUCACAAGAACAGGACAAAGAAGACGAUAUCAGUGCUUCAGAUAUCUAAGUUUUGCUUUACAACAUCCUGCCGCUAAAAGGGUAUUGUUAGUGUAAAUAAAAUUAGAGCGAGGUAGCCAUGUAUUGAGAAUAGCCGCCAGCACCAAGGCUUUAGCUUGACUUUAGAUUUUCCCUCGGACGAUUUUCGGCCUGAUCUACAUCAGCUUUUUAGCUGCCGGACUCUCAGGAACUUGAUUAUGAAUGAGCGCCGCUGUUGUAACUCUGUAAACAAAAGCAAUUUACAGUUUUCCGGGCACACGUUUAUUUACAAACAGAGCGCUGGCAAUCUCACAUUAGCACAAUUCCUAAAACAUGUUGUAAUUCCUCAAACACGGUAGGUUUUCCAUUACAAGUAUUCGAAAACUCCUCUUUGGAGGUUUCAGAAAAAGCGAAAUCGCAGCAAUACAAGCACCGGAGCUCGGCCAGACCGUAAGGUGAGAUUAUUUUAGGCGAGCUUUUUCACAGGUGAAGCUGACAACCCAAUGACCGGAUGUGAUUUUGAUUGGAUGGUAUCGAAUCAUGCUGUGUGGGGGUGGAAGGCUCCAGUGAAAGCAUCUGUGUCAGGCGUUUCUCUCCUUAAGUUCUCUCCCUUUUCCCCCAGAAACGCCUGAUACUCAGGCUAAUGGCAGCUUGUCAUUCUCAACCCAGCAACCCUCCCUUGUGCAUGAAUCCUUGGCAGCACAACCUGGGUCACGAGCAGCAACCUUGUUCCCCGUGCACGCCCAGCAACCUCCUGCAGCACCAGCAACAGACCAGCCCACCGUUUUAACUUCACCUGUAAUGGAGCAGCUGGUGUCGCGGGUAACAGAGGAAGUGACCAACCAGUUGCAGUCAUUGCUUUCAAAUUUAAGCUCAAUGGCCCAGUAA